UGAUUUCGCUGCAGCACCACUUUGCGCCGCAGGGGACGUCGAGACAGCACGAAGGGGGAUCUCGCAGAGGGAAUUCAGCACUGCUGCAGCUAAGCUUACUCUUCUCCAUUCCACACCUCCAGACAAAGCCAUUGUUGCUCGCGCACAAGUUGACCAUCGCCCCAGCGCAUACCACAUCCCGAACUAUUACCACCACUACCUCCUCCACCACCUCGCGCCUUCCCAUCUUGUCCGAGACAUUUGGACGCACCGACAUCCUACACACUCGCUCUCGACACAAACGCAUCCCACCGACAUCUUAGCCACUGCGACAAAGCACUCGUUCGGCGGUUGCAUUCCACACCUUCCCAACUCCACGGCCUCUGGGCCGCUGGAGCUCAUCGAACAAAGACACCACCCAGACAGCUGGUAGACCGUCUCUACCGACGCCAUGGCGAACGUACGAUUCGCCGUCGGCAUCCAGCGGCUGAUACCCUUCCUGGGAUACCAUCAUGUCUUGAUGAUAUUGAUCGCAAUCGCUAUUGUGCUCUUAUCACUUCUCCUCGCAGGCUGUUCAUCAUCAUCGCCCGCAAUCCCCAGCAUCUUUCUCAUCACAUUCUACUACGAAUCUUACACGCCGACAUACGAUCCCACACAAGUCAACCCCGCCGUGACAAACGCCAUUGCGAAUCUGGUUGGCGAUGCAGGACUAGAAGUUCGAGUGGGAUACUUUGGAAUUUGCGUCAACCAAGACUCAGGCGACAGCUACCUGUGUUCGAACAAUGCGACACUCCUGGCCGAACAAGUCUCGAUCGAUCAAGAUCCGUUGAAUUUGAUCUGGGUCGCGAACACGUUCAAGAAUAGCGUGGUGUUUCCAUACUUACUCAUCAUCGCCAUCGUCCUCGCCUUCAUCACCUUCCUCCUCCUCGCUACGUUCCCCGGCUGGCACGAAGAACACGACGCCCGCACAGGCUCCGACAUCGACAUCAAACCCUUCCCCUCCCGACCCGUCUCCCAAGUCGCCCUCGCCCUCAUCUUCAUCGCUUCCAUUUUCGUGCUCGUCAGCGUCCUAUGGCAACACACAGCCUCCGUCGCAGCAGCACAAGUCGCUCAAGAUUUCGGAAAUGGUUCUGUAAGAAGUGGUGUGGGGACGAGUGCGAUGGUUUUGGGUUGGUUUGGAUUUGCGUUGCUGAUUAUCGUGACGAUUGGAUUGCUCGUUAUGAUUUUGAGUAUUCAUUUGUUGGAUAAGUUGACGGAUGAGUGAUGAUGAUAGGAAAGAGAACAGAUGGGUAUGGAUAUGGAUAUGGAUAUGAGAGAUGAAAGAAUGAGGAUGAGGAUGAUAAUGAGGGAAGAAUGACAGUCUUGUCGAGGUCCAAGCGAUAGCUCGACUGUGAGCUCAUCCUUGGAAAGGCCUGGCCUCUUCAGCGGACCUCGACAGACAGCUUCUUGUACAAGACGGGAACUUUCUCACUUGGCGGAUCGGAACGGUCUCGAAAGACUGAGCCUUCCGCCAACGAGGUUGAGAAGACUGCAUUUGUUCGGUUUUUGCUUUUUUGCUUGUUUCUGCUGUUUGGAUCAGCGGCAUUUUGGAUGACCGAGGACUGCUGGUCAUCAAUGAGGGCGUUUCUGGUAUAUGGAACAUGAUCAUUGAAAGGGUAAAGGAAGUUCAAAGGCUUCAAUAGCUUUAUUUCGUCUGCACGACAGCGAACUGGAAGCAAGCAGAGGACUUGUGUAAAUACAUGAUUCGGAAGAGAAAAGAUGCAGUUCUGGGGAUGGAGGGAAAGGAGACUGGGGAUAGAAUGUAUGCAACGGCGAUGAUGAAAAAUGAAAAGUUGCAAAGC